AUGAAUAAUUCGAAACGUUUAAGCAAAGUUUUUAGAGAAAUGUACAAUACUGCGCGCGUUCUCUCAUCAAAUACUGAAUCUUGGGCUAGUUGUUUUACAAGAUUGUUAUCUAAUAAUGAAGAACUGACAGAACAAGAUAAAAAAAUUAUUCAAGAAUGGUCUAUUGAUUUUUUUGAAGUACGCAAAGAAAGGGAUAAAAUUGGUAAACAAAUACAAUGUUUAGAAUGUAAUUCAAUUAAAUAUUCAGAUAUGCACUGUGAAAAUUGUAUGAAAGAGAGUCUUAAGAGACAAUUUAGUAGCUGGACUUCGGAGAAUAAACUUAUUGACGAUUUUAUUCAACAAUGUCAGCAGGAUAGAUCUAUUUCCGGUUCUAUCAUAGAGUGGAUACCAUUUAAUCAAUUUAAAAGCGUUAAAUAUUUAUCCGACGGCGGUUUUAGUAAAGUCUAUACAGCAGUUUGGACUAAAGGGCUGAUUAAAAAAUGGGAUAAUAAAAAAAAUAAAUUUAUUAGAUUUGGACCCACAAAUGUUGUAUUAAAGGCUUUUAAUAAUUCAGAACAACUUGGAGAAAAAUUUUUUAAAGAA